AACAAAGAAUUAAAAUGUGGUUGAGAACAGAACCCCCUAAAUAGAAACUUCCUAAUUCGUCGUCUUCUUCCAACUUGACUCUGCUACUUCAAUUCUGACCUCAUUUCACGGGAAAAUGACAAUCUGUACGAAAAAAAGCCAUUGGUCCUUUGAAUUUUCUCCUCUAAUUGGUAUAUUUCAGUACAAAUUACAUUCCAAUAUCUUGAAAUUUCUCUUGCUUCAAUACAUUCAAGUUCAAGCAUUGUGAGCUCUUAUGGCUUCUUCUUCUUCUUCUUCUUCGUUUCACAUAAGGAGAUACCAUGUCUUUCCGAGCUUCCACGGUGAAGAUGUCCGUAGAGGGUUUCUCAGUCAUUUGCACUAUCAUUUUGCAAGCAAAGGUAUCAUGACGUUCAAUGAUCAGAAGAUCGAGAGAGGCCAUACGAUCGGACCUGAGCUCGUACGAGCGAUUAGAGAAUCUAGAGUCUCGAUUGUGGUGCUCUCGAAGAGGUACGCUUCUUCCAGCUGGUGUUUAGAUGAACUGCUUGAAAUCUUGAAGUGCAAAGAAGAUGAUGGGCAGAUUGUGUUGACCAUUUUUUACCAAGUUGAUCCGUCCGAUGUACGGAAACAGAGGGGAGACUUCGGGAGCGCUUUUGAGAUAACUUGUCAAGGGAAACCGGAGGAGGUGAAGCUGAGAUGGAGCAAUGCUUUGGCACAUGUUGCAACCAUUGCUGGGGAACAUUCUCUUCAUUGGCCUAAUGAAACAGAGAUGAUCCAAAAGAUUGCUACAGAUGUUUCAAACAAACUCAAUCUUACACCGUUGAGGGAUUUUGACGGGAUGGUGGGACUUGAAGCUCACUUGACAAAACUGCACUCUUUGUUAUGGCUCGGUUGUGAUGAUGCAAAGCCAAAGAUGAUUGGUAUUUGGGGUCUUGCAGGGAUUGGUAAGACUACCAUUGCUAGAGCUUUAUUCAACAGACUCUCUAGUAGUUUUCAGCUUAAUUGUUUUAUGGACAACCUCAAGGGAAGUUUUAAGAGCGUAAUGGAUGUUGAUGAUUAUUAUUCCAAAUUGUCUCUGCAAACCCAACUUCUGUCUAAGAUUUUGAACCAGGAGGAUAUGAAGACAUAUGAUUUAGGUGCAAUAAAAGAAUGGCUACAAGAUCAAAGAGUGCUUAUCAUUCUUGAUGAUGUAGAUGAUCUAGAGCAAUUAGAGGCCUUGGCUAAAGAACUUUCUUGGUUUGGUUCUGGAAGUCGGAUCAUCGUUACCACAGAAGAUAAUAAGAUUUUGAAGGCACAUGGGAUUCAGGAUAUCUACCAUGUGGAUUAUCCAUCCGAGAAAGAAGCUCUUGAGAUCUUAUGUCGAUCUGCAUUCAAACAAAGCUCUGUACCAUAUGGUUUUGAAGAGCUCGCCAAUAAAGUAGCUGCGUUUUGCGGUAAACUUCCAUUAGCCCUUUGUGUUGUGGGUUCAUCUCUGCAUGGUGAGACCAAAUACGAGUGGGAACUUCAAUUAUCUAGGAUCAAAGCUAGUCUUGAUGGAAAAAUCGAGACCAUUUUAAAAGUGGGAUAUGACAGAUUGUCAGAGAAAGAUCAAUCUCUAUUCCUUCACAUUGCAUGCUUCUUCAACAAUGAAGUCGUUGGUCAUGUGAUAUCUAUGCUUUCUGACAGUAACUUGGAUGUUGGAAAUGGGUUAAAGCUCCUAGCCGAUAAAUCUCUCGUGCAUAUAUCUACCGAUGGGCGUAUAGUGAUGCACCACUAUCUACUACAAAAACUGGGUAGACAGAUAGUUCUUGAGCGUCAAUUUUUAAUUGAGGCCGCCGAGAUUCGUGAUGUACUGACAAACAAAACAGGUACUGGAUCAGUCAUAGGUAUAUCAUUUGAUACAUCCAAGAUCGGAAAAGUUUCUGUAAGUAAGGGUGCUUUUGAAGGAAUGUGUAAUCUCCAGUUCCUAAGAAUCUAUAGUAGUUUGUUUGGUGGUGAAGGUACUUUGCAAAUACCAAAAUCUAUGAAGUAUCUACCCGAGAAUCUUAAGUUACUACAUUGGGAACAUUACCCAAGAAAAAGUCGUCUUCCUCUGAGAUUCCAGCCGGAACGUCUCGUGGAACUCCAUAUGCCACACAGCAAUCUCGAGGGAGGAAUCAAGCCCCUUCCUAACCUCAAGAGCAUAGAUCUUAGCUUUUCCUCUAGAUUGAAAGAAAUCCCAAAUCUUUCAAAUGCUACUAAUCUCGAGACAUUGACACUUGUGAGGUGCACAAGUUUGACAGAGCUUCCCUUCUCUAUUUCGAAUUUACACAAACUGAGUAAGUUGAAGAUGAGGGUUUGCGAAAAGCUAAGAGUUAUUCCCACCAACAUUAACUUAGCAUCUCUUGAGGAAGUCGACAUGAAUUAUUGCUCGCAAUUGAGUAGUUUUCCAGAUAUCUCCAGUAACAUUAAGACUCUUGGUGUCGGAAAUACAAAGAUAGAAGAUGUCCCUCCAUCAGUUGCUGGAUGUUGGUCUCGUCUUGACUGCCUUGAGAUUGGCAGCAGAAGCCUCAAUAGAUUAACACAUGCCCCACAUAGUAUAACUUGGCUAGAUCUUAGCAACAGCAAUAUAAAGAGGAUUCCAGAUUGCGUCAUAAGUCUCCCGCAUCUAAAAGAACUUAUCGUCGAAAACUGCCAAAAGCUCGUGACAAUUCCGGCUCUUCCCCCGUCGCUCAAGUCCCUAAAUGCAAACGAAUGUGUAUCACUCGAGAGAGUAUGUUUCUAUUUCCAUAACCCAACCAAGAUACUCACAUUCUACAACUGUUUGAAACUGGAUGAAGAAGCAAGAAGAGGAAUCACACAACAAUCAAUUCACGAUUACAUAUGCUUACCAGGCAAAAAAAUCCCUGCAGAGUUCACUCAGAAAGCUACAGGGAAAUCCAUAACUAUCCCUCUGGCUACGGGUACUCUCUCUGCUUCCUCAAGGUUUAAGGCUUGCUUUCUGAUUUCACCAACUAUGGGCUACCAAGGAUAUCUUUAUAUAAGUUGUAGUCUAAGAAGCAAAGGUGGUGUUACAGAUUACAACUGCAAUUCAGUACGGCUUUCAGAUAUGGCUCCUCGGUCAGAACAUCUGUUUAUAUUUGAUGACUUGUUUGGCCAACGAUACAGAUGGCAUAAAGUGGAUGUGACUAUGAGUGAGAUUAUAUUGGAGUUCAGCUCCAUAGACAAGAUUAUUGAGUGUGGUGUACAAAUCAUGACAGAGGAAGCUGAGGGUAGCAGCAGCAGCGAAUUGGACAACUUUGAAACUGAAAUUAGCAGAAGCCAAGUGGACAACUAUGAAACUGAGAGUAGCGCUAGCAGCAGCAGCGAAGGUGGAGAUGGUGAUGGAGACUAUGAAGCAGAAGGUUUCAAGUUCUCUCAAGUUGAAAAUAUCAAAACCAGUAAACAAGGUUUUAGGAUUUGGGUUAGGAAGCUUGGUCUGAAAGAGAAGAAGAUGAAUACGAAAGAGCAGAAUUCUCGUGGAGUCUCAUGAGACCAAACCAGUUUUGGUACUUUCUUAGCUCCUUCACCAUCUUCAUAAGGUACUAUCUCGUAAAAUAUCAGAUGGAGAUGGAGAUUAUGAGCCUCAUAGUAAAGAUGAAAACAUCAUAGGUUGUUGGAUUUAGUUUGGGUAGAAGAAGAAUACAAAACCUACAACUUAGGUUGUAGGAUUCGGUCAGGGGAAGAAGAUAUAACUUCCAUUAUAUUGUUAAAUUUUUAGAGAGAUAGGAAUAUAUGAUCCUAGAUAUUACUAGUCUGUUACUUAUAUAUAUAUAUAUAUAUAUAUAUAUAUAUAUGUGAAAAUAUUUAUGCUUUUCAUCUGUAAAGGCUUGAUGGAUUACUAAUUCUGGACAUUAGCCUUAGAAAUAUCGAGGUUAUUCUUUUUGAAA